CCCCCCAGAAGGGACCCUCCUUCAUGUUGCAUGGGCUUCUCUCUCUGAUGAAGGCUUUUGCUGUGUUUCCAUGCCAGGGCCAGAUCCCUAGGUGGUGUAAAUCAGCUGAGAUCCACUGUAGUCAAUUUAUAGCAGCUGAACAUCGGGCAGAGCAUCUCACUGAGAGAGCUGUAAUGUGUCUAUUGCCCUCACAUCUGGACACCUUAGACCAGAGAGAACUGCCAAGUGACUGCUUCCGAGUGAGACAUAGUUAAAAUCUCCCACAUUAGAACAGUCGCAGCCUGACAGCUCUGGUGCUGCUUGUGCAUUUCAACAUCCCUUUCAUUCCUAAAAAGAAGUGCCCUGUUGUAUCGUCUGCGGUUUUGGGGGGGGGGGGUAUUUUUGUUUUUUUUUGUCUUUUUCCCCAGCAUCAAGGUUGUUUGUUAUUUAAAUAGCCCAGUGCGGAUAUAACCAUUUUUUUCCCAAUGUGAUAAAUGUUAUUGAUCAAACACCACCACCACCAAAUAGAUCUGAUUGCAAGGACCGGUAACGUCAGCAUAGCUUAGAGACCCUCCUCCAACUCAGCUUAAAGAGAGAAAAGACUCAACGGUGGAAGGCAGCAAGUGCUGGAGAAAACAGCAAGGUCCCCUCUCUUAUGCAGGGGCUUUAGGAAGUGACAGGGAUGCAUGCAGUGGCCAGACUCCAGCUGGACUGGGCUAGAAAACAGACUUCUCAUUAUCGGUGAAUUCGCUGGUGGUGAAAAGAUUCUGGAAGCCCCUUGACCUGGAGGAACAUACUAACUAAAAACUAAAAUGCUCCUGCUCUCUGGUGUGGAAAAGCAAGCGGCUGCCCGUGCGAGUAAAGACAGGAGAACUUCCCAUGAAUCCUCAGCCUGUUGUAAAUAGUUUGCUGGGCACAAAGCUCACCCCGCCUGCAGUGUUUUGCUCCCGUCUAACCGAAGAGGGAUCUUUGCUCCAGCCAGUUCAUCUGGAGCUGCCCUGACUUUUCUAGCACCGCAAAGCUACCACUCAGACUGAUGUGCAUAAGAUUGAAGAGCUCCUGUGUGUUUUACUUCCCUCUCUCAUUUGGUCUGAGGAACCCCAGAUUUCACCAGCAGGGGGGUGGUUUAAUGGCAUUUUUUUGCCACUGCUGAGCUAAAAAUUUGAACUUUUACAAGGGAACUAGACAUCCAAUUCCAGUCACGGUUCCCACCUUCCUUCAGAAAAUAACCAGUGUCCAGCUGAAAUGUGAGCCUCUUUUCACCAUCAAUGUGGUGCUCUCCCUGUCAAGCUGUAAAGAUCUGCAAUGAAAUCUGAAUACAGUUCAUUAUCCCUGAAAGCAGCCAUGGAAAAUAAUUUCAAGAUAAGCAAUCUGAACACCACCUGCAAUGAUACAAGUGAUGGCAGGUACUUGGACAAUGGCACAAGGUCCAACUUCACCUUCCAUGAACAGUCUCCUGACUUCUACGUGGUCCUCCCAGUGAUUUACUCUGCGAUCUGUGCAGUGGGGCUCACAGGCAAUACUGCUGUCAUCUACGUGAUCCUCAAGGCCCCUAAGAUGAAGACAGUGACCAACAUGUUCAUCCUGAACCUAGCUAUAGCUGAUGACUUGUUCACUUUGGUCCUGCCCAUUAACAUUGCUGAGCAUCUCUUGCACUACUGGCCCUUUGGAGAAAUCCUCUGCAAGAUCAUCCUGUCCAUAGACCACUACAACAUCUUCUCUAGCAUCUAUUUCCUCACGGUGAUGAGCAUAGACAGGUACCUGGUUGUCCUGGCCACUGUCCGGUCCAAGAGGAUGCCCCAUCGUACCUAUCGAGCAGCCAGAAUUGUCAGUCUGUGCAUCUGGGCCCUGGUCACCAUCAUAGUUCUCCCUUUCAUCAUCUUUGCCAAUGUCUAUGUAGAUGGCCUGGAGAUCAAGAGCUGUGGUCUCAAUUUCCCCAAACCUGAGAGGUUUUGGUUCAAGGCCAGCAGGAUCUAUACCCUAAUCCUUGGCUUUGCCAUUCCUGUAUCCACCAUCUGCAUUCUCUAUACCAUGAUGCUGUAUAAACUGAGGAACAUGCACUUGAAUUCAAAUGCUAAAGCCCUAGACAAAGCCAAGAAGAAGGUUACCAUUAUGGUCUUCAUCGUCCUGGCUGUGUGCCUCUUCUGCUGGACCCCCUUCCACCUGGCCACCAUCGUGGCUUUGACCACUGACUUAGCGCAGACCUCUGUAGUCAUAGGUAUCUCCUACUUCAUCACCAGUUUGAGCUAUGCCAAUUCAUGCUUGAAUCCUUUCUUGUAUGCUUUCUUGGAUGACAGUUUUCGGAAAAGUUUCAGAAAGAUGCUGGAAUGCAGAGCUGCUUAAAAGAUGGACCAUGCCUCUCUGUUCCCUUCCCUCUCAUGGCUUUGCAGGGGCAACCUUACAAACUUUUCAGUGUAUGACUGAGGAAUAGACAAGCUUUAUGCUAUUUAACUAAGCUUUUAGUUUGUUUAAUUAUAUGUAUGUGUGUGUGUGUGUGUGUUUGUUUCUUUUGCAUUUUUCACAAUUCUAAUAAUAAAUCUUCCACGUUCCUUGUACGAAUCUCACAAUCACUCAAAGUUGUGGGGUUGGUUUGUUGUUUUUUGCUUGAUUGUAUCUUGUUUAGGGGGCAAAGCCUGAAAUAUUAAAGAAUGACAACCUUCUUAUAGGUUUCAGAGUAGCAGCCGCAUUAGUCUGUAUUCUUGUCAUCUCAUUGCCUUGCAUUGCCACCUGCUGUACAAUUACAGAAGAACGGGGUCUCUUCAAGGGGUGAAGCUAUAAUGCUCCUGGAAAAGAGCAGCCUUUUAAAGAUGAAUGUAACUUUGAGUUAUUAAUCUAUAUGUUGUGUGCAGAAUUGUUACAAUGGAGCAGCUUGAGCUGCCAGAUACGGUUGUACAUUGUGAAAAUGGAUUUUAGUGAUGAGAUAAAACGGUGCAUUUGAGAAAAAAAAUGCAUCCCUGUCUGUGUGCAUACGUGUCUUGCAGAUCGUUUGAUUUCCGAGGGGAGUCUGUUUUCCCCAAGAUUUCUCCUUUCCUGAAUUGCUAACGUGAUUCACAUUGAAACCAAAAAUUUAACAAGCAUCUGAAAGUUACAAUAUCCAAACAAGACAAUAUACAAAUAUUGUGAUGACUGCAGAAAAAAUAAUGUCUGUAUUAUCAGUGCCAAGAAUUUUCUUUUCAUUUUUUAAUGUUUAAAAAGACAUAUACUUUAAAGUGUUUGAUGAAAUAAAUCAAAUUGAACAGU